AUGCGUUCAUCAUUAGCGAGACUGGCCAAAGCCGCAACCAUGCAAAACGGUCUUCGCUCUGAUCCCAUGGCCUUGUUGCCGCCAAUUCCACUCUACCGACGCCUGUUGCGCGCGCACCGCAAGUUUCUUCCGACAGAGAUGCGGGUCCUGGGCGACGAGUAUAUCAAGGCUGAGUUUCGGGCGCACCGCAAAGUUGACAAUCCAGCGCAUCUAAUUGGUUUCUUGACGGAGUGGCAGAUGUAUGCGCAAAAGAUUGAGGGAGACGCGUGGGUUGGCGACAAGAUUGACGAGGGCAAGCUGGCUAAACUGAGCGAUGAGCAGGUGUAUCAACUCUACGACCUGAUGCAAUCAAUAGAGAAGCAUCGCAAAGGCGAAUAG